UUUUGUCUGCACGGCGAGGCGGUGGGGAGCGGGUGGAGGUGGGGAAAGCGCCAUUUCGAAAGAAUCCUGAUAAAAAUCAUCAUCGUCACCAUUAAAUCACCCGAGCGCGGGGGGUGAAGAGCCACGCGCGACCCCUGGCAGCGAGGGGGUGGGGGGGGGAGGGCGAUGUGGGGACACAGCCCCGGAGAGACACCCCCCCUUUGCUGCCAUCGGGCUCGGGGUCCCGCAGCGUGGGGUCCCACUCCCCGCAGGGCGGACCCCGCCCGGUGCCGUCUCCACCUGCACCGCAUCCCCUCCCGGCGCUGCCCUGCGGCUGCGGGGCCGAACUCGGGGCCGGGCUCGGGAGCAGCGUGAGGAACGGAGUUCGUGGAGGAGCGAGGCCGGAGCCGGCGCUGGGGAAGGGCGGUGGGGCGGGGGGCGAUGAGUUCCGCCCGGUGGCACGCGGGGACGCGCCGAGGACACGAGGGAGAACGGGGUUAUUGGAAAUACGGAGCGAUGCGGUGGUGCAGGGCGGUUGGAUAUGGGGAGAGGAUGCGAUGGGGGGCACUGGGAGCCGCCGAGAGCCCGGUGUCCUCAUCCGUCCCACAGCCGUCCCCUUGCUCAGCCAGUGCCCGGUGGGCACCGUGCCGCUGUGCAGGGCUGGGGGCUCUGGGGACCUUUGGGCACAGUGUGUGGGGAGGCACAGCCUUGACGCCAUGAGCCAGCAGCACGCCGCUGCCCUGCACUCGUCCCAGCCCUGCAGCCCAGGUGAGUUCCCUUCUCUGGGCUCUGCAUGGUGCACCCACUCGAUGGGGCUGAUAUGGGGCACCACGAGCAACAGAGCUGCUUUUGCAGCAAGGUGACGGCCCCACUGCCCUCCUGGGGUGUAGAGGAGUGGGGACACGGUGGGGCCAUGGGGGUGCUGCUGGCGGCGUUUUCUUUGCAGAUCCACAAUGUGAGGCACUGCUGGCACCAGUGGGAGAGUUUGGGGAGGGCGAUGCCGACAGGCUGAUGAAACCAAUCAAAUGGUGAAGGAAUCACAAAGCAUGGUGCCAGUGGUGGGGCUGGGAGAAGGCGGGAGGAGCCAGAGGUUGGAGGAGAACAGGUCCUACCGAAACCAUCCCCUUUACUGGGAAAAAGCUCACAGGGCUGAGAGCUCAGAGACAAGGGCAGGGAACACAGCCUGAGAACCUCGGAGGAGCAGCAGGGAGGGAUGGGACAGGGCAGGAGAUGGCUCCUGCUGCAGGGGAUGCUGCUGUUGGGACGGCUGUGCUGGGACAAAGGCCUCUCCCAAGGGCCAGCAUCCUGUAUACUCCAGCUCCAUCAGUGUGGCAUGAGCCCAUCCUGGCUUCAGGGCUGCUGCUGGGCAUGGAGCUGGAAUGGGGACAGGAACCCUGUUGUGGAGAACAAGGGGACGAGGCAGCAUGGCCCACCCUCCAUCCCUGGAGCAGCUGUGGGCUGUUCCUCCUGUCUUUUGGGACAUGGGGCAGCUCCCAAUGUGCCAUCUCCCCAUACUUUUGCUGCUGUAGCAAUGCUUGUGCCAGUGUUCCCAUGUCACCUGGCUGUCCCCAGCUGCUGCCCUUGGCCGGCACGUGGUCCAGGUGAAGGGCAUGGCUGUGUGGCACAGGGUCUGCAAUCCCUGCGUGACAGCACUGGGAAAAUGAAGGACUGGAGCGAGGACAUCAGCUCAGCCCUGUUCUUUUUCCCUGCUCUGGCCACCUUCUGGCUUUGCUCAGUGUCUCUCACCCUGCAACACCACUGACCCCAGCACGGGCACCCCGAGCAUCCCCAUGCCGCCAUUGGCCUCAUUAGGCAAAGGUGCCCUUGUGAUGUCCCUGACUCCAGCAAUGCCCUGGUGCCCCAGGGAAGGCAGCUAAUAACGCAGCUCUGCUGCGCUGCUCCCCACGGCAUCGAGGAGCUGCGAGGCGCUGAGAUGUUCCCAUAAUGGGGUCACACGAGAGCGGGGCUGGGAGGUGGCAGAGCUGCCAAUGGUGCACAGAGAGCCUGCGGGCCGGCAUCGGCUGCAGCCAGCCAUGGUGUGAGCAUUGCUGGGGCAGUGCAGGACGUGGGGACAUCGCCAGGUGGGACGGUGGCAGCGGGGCUGCGCCAGGCACAGCACAGCCAUGAGUGCCGGAUCGAUCGAGCAGGAGCCGUCGCGCAAGCUGGCGUGCUGCGGGGUGCCGCUCAUCACCGAAGACAUGCAGUCAUUGGCCAUCCGCACCCUCUCGGGCACCGACAUCAACAAACACUAUGACCUCAUCCGCGAGCUCGGCAAGGGCACCUAUGGCAAGGUGGACCUGGUGUCCCACAAAAGCACAGGCACCAAGAUGGCCCUGAAGUUUGUCAACAAAAGCAAGACAAAGCUGAAGAAUUUCCUGCGAGAGUUCAGCAUCACCAACACGCUCUCCUCCAGCCCCUUCAUCAUCAAGGUCUUCGAUGUGGUCUUCGAGACAGAGGACUGCUACGUCUUUGCUCAGGAGUACGCCCCAGGAGGGGACCUCUUCGACAUCAUCCCCCCACAGGUGGGGCUCCCCGAGGUGAUGGUGAAGCGCUGUGCCUCUCAGCUGGCCGAAGCAUUGGAUUUCAUGCACAGCCGAGCCCUGGUGCAUCGGGAUGUCAAGCUGGACAACGUGCUGCUCUUUGACCGCGACUGCCGCCGCGUCAAACUGGCCGACUUCGGCAUGACCCGCAAGGUGGGCUGCCGAGUGAAGCGCAUCAGCGGCACCAUCCCCUACACGGCGCCCGAGGUGUGCCAGGCCGGCCGCGCCGAGGGCUUCGCCGUGGACACCAGCAUCGACGUCUGGGCCUUCGGGGUGCUCAUCUUCUGUGUCCUCACUGGGAACUUCCCCUGGGAGGCAGCGGCUGCUUCUGACACCUUCUUUGAGGAGUUUGUGCGGUGGCAGAAGGGCCGCCUGGCAGGGCUGCCCUCGCAGUGGCGGCGCUUCACGGACAGCGCGCUGCGCAUGUUCCAGCGCCUGCUGGCCCUCGACCCCGAGAAGCGCUGCCCCGUCAAGGAGGUCUUCUACUUCAUCAAGUACGACCUGAUGGCCGAGGUGCGCCGCCGGCCCUCCUACCGCUCCCGCAAGCACGCUGGGGACAAGCUGCCCACAGGGCCGCACCGCCACGAGGCCACUGCCUCCUGCACGCCCACCCCGCUCAAGAGGACCAUCCUGACCGACGGCCCUGGCACGCGGCUCAACGGCCCAGAGCCCAGCGCAGCCUCGUCCGGCCCGGCCGGCAGGACAGACGGCCGGCAGGACAAGGGCAAGGGGCAGAUGGUGCUGGCCACAGCGAUUGAGAUCUGUGUCUGAAGGCGCAGGGCAGUGCAUGGCCCUGCUCCCGGCAGCACCAUCCCCGUCCCUUGGCAGGGGCUGUGGGUGGCUGCAGGGCUGGGGGCUGCGCCUUUGUACGCAGAAACAAGAAGAGGACAGAACUGGUUGCGCUCAGUAGCACCGAGGAUGCCGGUGCCACCAUUUGCCCAGGGGGCAGGAGCUGGGGGGUGCCAGUGCCACUGUCCCCAUCCUGGUGGCCUCGCUGUCCCUCCACGACCCCCCUGUGGUGCUGUGGGGAGAGGUCCUCCAUGACAACGCAACAGGGCUGUGUGGGGAUCCUGGAAAGGCCGAUGACCCCACGCUUGGAGGAGGCCUUCAGGGUGGCCCCUGACCAACUCUGGGCACCAGGAGGGGACGAGGGGGCCAGGAUGGAGGGGACCCCCCUGGCCGCUCCCUGCCACGAUGUAGCAAGUGUCACUGUGUGUCACCACAUCCUCCCUGCCCGGAGCGAUGGCCGCAGCGAUGCUCUCCGACAGGGGGGGACAGCAAGCCAGGAGCCACAGGGUCACCCUGAGAACUCCCAGGCCGCCGUCCCCUCCGGUCCCCAACUACCGCACAAAGGGCUAUCACGCUCCUGAAGCAGCAGCAGUUUACACAGCAGCCGCCAGGCAGGUGGGGUCCCACCGCCCCCGUGCCCCCACCACCGGCGCCGCUGCCCUGUCCCCUUGUCCCCAUGUCCCUGUGCCCCCAUGUCCCUGUGUUCCUGUGUCCUCCCCCCUGCCCGCAGGGCCCAGGUCUGGUGGUAGAAGUAGCACUGCACAGAUGUAGAGAUGUUAGGUGCGGUUCGUCCUCCUUUUUGCCUUAGGUCCCUCCACGUCCCCGAUCUUUCGUGCAAUAAUGUAGAUAAGGAGCCCCGGUGCCGAUGGCCGCGGUGCCGCUCGGUUUCGGGUUUUUAUUUCGGGUUCCCCCGGCCGCCGGGUGCCGGAUCUUCUUCCUGUAGGAGAGGCUGUAGUGUCACAGACGUUACCUCAGUUUGUCACUGUCAAAAAGACAAAAAAAA